CUCAAUCAGAUGAAACUUUCUCAAGAGAAUACACCCCAAGCAUCGAACGGCAGAACAAGAACUACAGUAUACUGUAGGCAACCGACAUAACCAGCCGAGGUCCCCUGAGCUUCAUCACAAACUGCCCCACAUCCCCGGGAGGAAUCAUAAACCCAUUUACAUCCUCCGCCCUCCGCAUUCACAUCAACCUAGAGUCUACUCCAGAUUCAAUUGCAGACUAUUUCCUUAUCUGAAUCAACCCGACGAACUCAGCCUAUACGCUCCCAUCACCCAUAACAGACCCCCAGCAAAAAAUCCACCCAACACCCCCUUCCCCCUAUCCCUAACUCAACCACAUAACAAUGCCACCCACCACCACCACAACCACCACCGCAGCCAAAAAGCGCCGCACGCGCAGCGACUACCUCUUCCACCAAACCCACCAAACAAGAUGGUACGACAACGACAUGUACGCCCACCUCAACAACACAGUGUACACGAUGCUCUUCGACUCGAUCAUCAACACCUACCUCAUCACCCACUGCGGGAUGAACCCCUUCAGCGCCAACAACCCCGCGGAGAAGGAGCGCACCUCCCCCACCACCCAAACCACCACUCAAGCCCCCCAAACCUCAACCCCAACCCAAACCCCAACGGCAACCACCCCCCAAAUCGGCCUCAUCAUCUCCUCCAACUGCGACUACUUCGCCAGCGUCUCCUUCCCGGACACCCUGGAGCUGGGCCUACGGGUCAACCACCUCGGGCGCUCGAGCGUGACCUACGAGGUCGGGGUGUUCCGGCGGGGCGAGGCGGCCGUGAAGGUGGUGGGCGGGUAUACGCAUGUCUUCGUGGCGCGGGAGACGAUGCGGCCGACGGCCGGCGGGAUGGAUCCGGUGGUGCGGCGGGGGUUGGAGCGGUUGCUGGUCGCAGACGACAAUAGUAACGAUGGCGAGAGCGGUCAGGGGAUCUAG